AUGCCACGUAAGCUACGUAAGAAUAUACGUAAGAGGAAGAGAGCAUUGAAACAUCCAAUAGUAAAACUGACACCACAACAACAGUUGCAACAACAAAUUAUGAAUGACCCCACUAUGUUGCAACAAAUGUCAAGCAACCCUAUGCUUUUAAACCGAGUUAUUGGUGCACAGAGUGGAGGUUUAAGAGCGGCACUUUUAGCGAAAAUGGCAGGCUAUGGUGGAGCUGCAGACGGAACAGCUUAUAACCCUCAAAGUCAAAUGAAUUUGAGUUCACUCAAAAAUCAAAUAACAGAUGUCAAAAAGUCAAACAUAGACAUACAGAAACAAAUAAGUGAAAACGAAAAGAAACUAGAAUAUGACAGACACACAAAGAAACUCAAUGAGUUAAACGUAGAGAAAAAGAAGAAAGAAGAACAACUGAAAGAACUAAGUACAGAGGAAUAUGCGAAAAAAGUGUCAGAAAAAGCAGCAGAAGUAGCAAAAAUGGAACAAGAUGUUAUAAAUUUGAAAAACCAUACUACUCAAUAUAAAGUACUGAAAGAUGAAGAGAUAAAACAAAAAGCCAUGAAGACAUAUAUGGAUAGCGAUGAGUAUAAAAAAGAAGUUGAAGCAAAUGUAAAGGCAGAAAAACUUUUACAGUUGCAAAACCAAACCGUACAGUAUGAAAACUUAGCACAAGAAAGUAAAAAUAACGACGCAGCCAUGCAAAAGGCAAUGAAAAGCGCAGAAUAUAUAAAAGCUAAUAAUGACUGGUUAGAUGCCCAAGCCAACGCUAAAGCAGCCCAACUUAUAGGGUCAAUAAGGACAAAAAUACAAGCGGAUGAAGACAGUUCAAAUGAAGCUUUAAUGAAUGCUGACUUUAAGAACGCCUUCGAAGCUCUUCAUAGUAAGGUGAAACUAGUGAACGACUUCUCAUCUGGAAAGAAACUGAAGUCUGAAGGUUUCGACAAAGAGUUAAGAGAAGUAGCACAAAAUAUGACGAAAAUAACAGAUGCAGCAACGAGACAGGCAGUUCAAAGUGCCUAUGACGCCGUUAGAGCAACUGUUGUGGAAAGUCAAGAAAAAGAGUUACAACAGACCAAAACAGACCUAGUAAAUGCUUUCUUAAAAACGAAAAGUCAGGUAGGACAUUAUGCUGCAGAUGGAACAUAUGUGCCAGCUGGUGGAACUUAUAUACCAGCUGGUGGAACUUAUAUACUAGCCAGUGGAACUUAUAUACCACCAAACCCUCCAAGAGAAGCACCUGCACCAGGACUACCUAAAACAUUUACAUCGUCACAUGGACACAGACACAGGCAUGCACCAAAACCAACACAACAACCAACAGUUCAAAAUCCAGCACAACAACCAACAGUUCAAAAUCCAGCACAACAACCAACAGUUCAAAACACUGCACCACAACCAACAGUUCAAAACACUGCACCACAACCAACAGUUCAAAACACUGCACAGCAACAACCACAAACAGAGCAAGGACAUAAAAGAAGUAGAGAACAAGGAAACCAAUAA